AAUUGGGCAAACCACAGAGCAUGCCUAUUCUUCCUGUCGUUUCAUUGGCUAAGCUGUCAGUCAGUCUGCAAGGCUGCUACUCGCGCCUGGCGCUGGGAAGGUGAUUGGUGUCUUCCAGGCGCGAAAUCUAACGCGGGAAAAAAAGAAGUGAAGGACUGUUCGGCCGCCAACGCCUCUUCUCUUCAUCUAUAGUCUGUGGCCUUGAAGGGUCCGGCUGGGGAAGUACAAGUUGGAAGUGCUGGGAUCCCCGCUGCCCUGGGCACGCCGGAUGGGCUGUAAACAAUGAUGUCCGAGGUUUGCUCAUCUCCGUUGCACCAGUCUCUUCAGGACACGUCGCCUCCCCGCCGGGUACUAGUGUCCGUUAUCAAGGCGGUAUCCCCGUCCUCAGCCCAUACCCCACUCAAGCACCGACGACCUCCGUACCCCCCAGGUGCUGCUCAGCCGAGCCCCGUCCCGACCAGCCCCGGCUUUAGUGACUUCAUGGUGUAUCCGUGGCGCUGGGGGGAGAAUGCUCACAACGUCACACUGAGCCCAGGACCUAUCUCCAGGCAUCAGACACCGUCAGUCGAAUCUGUUCACACGACUAGGGAUGGCGGCGCAAGGGCUCGAAUUGCCGAUGUGAUCGGGAGCAGUGUUGCAGGAGUGGGGGCCGGGAGGCGAGAAGAUGCAGCUGCAGGACUAAGGGAUGGAAUUCGUCGAGGACGUCCAAGAGCAGAAACUGUUCGAGACUUAAUAAAUGAGGGUGAGCACUCUUCCAGCAGAAUCCGCUGCAAUAUCUGCAAUAGGGUUUUUCCUAGAGAGAAGUCACUGCAAGCGCACAAAAGGACUCAUACAGGCGAAAGACCUUAUCUGUGUGACUAUCCAGACUGUGGGAAAGCCUUUGCACAAAGUGGGCAACUGAAAACUCACCAGCGACUUCACACAGGAGAGAAGCCUUUUGUAUGCUCAGAAAAUGGGUGUUUAAGUCGGUUCACACAUGCAAACCGUCACUGUUCAAAGCAUCCAUAUGCAAGACUGAAGAGAGAGGAGUCAAGCAAUAAACCAAGCAAAAUACAAGUGGCUGACAAAGACACAGCAGAGUGGCUUGCAAAGCACUGGGAAACACAAGAACAGCUACCACCCACAUUAAAAGUAAAAUCCAUUCAGAAGGCUGAUCAAGAACAGCAGGAUCCAUUAGAGUAUUUUCAGUCAGAUGAAGAGGAAGACGAUAAGAAUGGCUCUCACUCAGCUUCCCGGCGAUGUCUGCAGGAGCAGCGAGAGCGUAUGCAUGGCGCUCUGGCUCUGAUUGAGCUAGCUAACUUAGCUAGUGCCCAGCUGCGCCAGUAAUCUUACAUAGAGAUGUACGAAGUGUCCUACCCUAGUUGUACCUUGGUCCCUUUUUUUCCCCCCAGAAGGACAAAUUUCAAAGGUGUUAUCUUGGCCAGAAAAAUAGGUGACAAAAAUACAGCUUUGGGUAAUAAGCUAAGCACCUUAUUUGCUUGACAUAGGCUGCUAUCCUGUAGAACUUUAAUGAAGAAUGUUGUUGCUUCCUACUUUGGAGCAAGAGAGAAUUGCACUUUUAUGGUAAGAUGUAAAGUGUUUUAAAUAUAUUGUUUGUAAAUAUGGAACAGUUAAGAGGCAAGGAUUUCUAUGCCUUUGUUGGAUAGUGCAUUUUACAAGCUUAACAUGCGGUUUUCAAAAAAAAAAAAAACUGUCAAGCAGAGUUAUUUGUUACAUUUGUGUACUUACCCCAUGGAAUUUAGUUUUCACUUGCUUUGCGUUCCAUCAUGAAACUUGUAUAUCUGCUAAUUCCCCAACUUGAAUGGAGAUGCAAGCCGAACAUGUUUCUGUGUGCAAGGGCACUGGAUCAAAUUGCACAGCAACUGCAUAACCAGACAAUAAUGGGUUUGUACCCAAAUGUGAAAAUAAUUUACUAUAUUUUGUUCUUUGUUUUGCAAAUGCCAGAAUAAAAGAACAUCUGCACACUGCUGCAGAACACUUGCAUAUAUUUUACAAAUUCAUAUGGGUAUGACACAUAUGAUUUUCACUGGCAGAACUGCAAAAGAGCUAGUGUUUUUUUUUUGCAGUACUUUUUAACUUUUGCUUUAGAGAUGUAUGCUAACCUCUCUUCUGCAAGAAGCACAGGAAAAACAUUGGGUUACUGGGCCUUUGGAGGGUAUAGGCUUUUUAUAUAGUUGAUGUUGCACUUGUCCCAAAAAGAAAACUUCUGCAGUUAAGCUUGAAAAAUGAUAACAUUAUUGGUAAAUUGUCCAUAAAAUGGACUCUGUUGUAUGGCACUUGUGUUUUUUUUUUAAAGAGGGUAUUUUACAUGGAGAUUUUGACAUGUACUAAACUAUUUUAAAUCCUUUCUUGCAGACACUAAAAUGUAAUAUUCAGCUUUUUUAGUAAUUAUAUAAGUAUCUUCAUAUUUCUCCGUCUCAGUUACAUGUUUUUUGCAAGUUGUCUAAAAGCCACUUUAUUGCUUUGAGCAUGCCAAGUUGUAUUUUAAAUUUGUAUUGCUGAUGUAGACAUGGUAAAAGUACUUAACGUUAUUUAAUACAAACAUAAGCUUUAAAGUAGCAAUACCUAGCAUUUAGCAAUAAAUGGAGCUGAUCUACUUGUGGAAACCAA